AUGGGGGUCAUCAGAUCAUCUCUCCUGGAGAAACUCCUCGACCGUUCGAUAGGGAUACAAAAACAAAUCCUCAAUUAUAUCCGAGACCCCGAACCUUCGACACGACUACUGUAUACUAUGCCGCGCAGCGAGCGACGCACCGCAAGACUUCCGCCGCCGCCCUUGGUCGUUGGCUAUGCGAUCUGCGUCCAAUACUUCUACGACGUGAUCACCCCCUUGCCCGAUUAUCGCAAGAGAUUCGAAGGCCCAGGUCGCCUGGGACCGAGCCUGGGACCUGACUACUGGCAUCAUUACGCAGAAAAAUUCGAACACACCUCGCAUAUCUUUAUUCCUGUCCGGACGGUGCUGUACAAGGAUCGACACCGCCAGUGCAACGAGUCUCCCUUCGAUCAGGCCCACCUCGCAGACAUGGUCAGGAGGAUCGACUCGUUGGGAGGCGUGCUCGAUCCAUCGCGAGUGAAAUGGAGACAGUUCAAGCCACGCUCGCGGGCCAACCCCAAGGGGUAUGACAACUCGAUGUAUGCAUCUUGUGGUCUGUUUCCUCCUGUGCGACGUGUUCAGUAUCCACCAUCGACUAUCGAGGAUUCCGAAGUUGUUUAACCUCGAACUCUUUCUCUGUAUUCUAUCGCCUUGCUGUUGUGCAAAUCACCAAUCAUUCGCCGCACAAUUCUCUGCGUUCGGUCAAGCACAGGACAUGGGCAGUGUAGCCUGAAAAGUGGAAUUGAAAGGCACUCAGCGUGCUCAAGAGCAUCAAGCUCUUUGAAUGAGAUCAUGCGCUAUUAUGGCCUAUAAGUAUAUCAAAGUGAAUACCAGCGCUACGGAUCCAUUCAGGGGCGCUAAGCGCUCAGGUCGCUUGCUGACGGCUGACCGGCUGGAGCUUCGCUUGAAUGCCCUGGUGUAUAUCUAUCCCUCAUUGGAGGUGCUUGGGUACGCACCGAGCACUUCCGGCUCUGGGAGACGCUUCAGAUCUAGUCACGACUCACGAGUGCCAUUGUGACCGGACGCGUAAUGUCAUAUCACGCGUUAUUCCCUUCUGCUCGGCUGCUAUUACCCAACGAGGGGCUAGUAGUAAUAGGAGC